AUGACGUCGAUCGUGCAAACGGAAUUAUAUGCUGCACGGCUCAGUGAUCCAGCACUGGGCUGGGAUAUCAAGCAAAAGAUUGUCACGGAAAUGAGAGAAGCUCUGGAAAUCCUGCAAGGUCCCGAUUAUCCUCGCUACUUGGCUGCUAUGAUGCCUACAUUCUUGAACUUACUCAACGAUAUGAACCCUGUCUUUAUUAGCAAUUCACCUGAACAUAGAUUCCGAAAUGUAAUUUUAGAAAUCAUCAACCGCUUCCCCCAAAACGACCACCUCAAACCAUAUGCACCCAAUCUCAUGAAAACUCUCAUGCAUUUGCUUCGCGUCGAUAACGAAGAAAAUGCCGUCGUAUGUGUAAAAAUUAUUAUCGACCUGCACAAGUCCUUCAAAUCUGCAUUGGAAGAUCAGGUCCAGGACUUCUUCUCUAUCGUGCAAGAUAUGUAUCGUAACAUGGAGCAGGCUGUCAAGGAGACUUUUGAUGAUCCAGCUGCUGCUGCUGCUACGCCUGGGCUUCCACAACCAGUAUCACCAGCACCUGGUGAAGCUGCAGAAGGAUCUGCUCGUAUCUUGCCAAGAAUACACAAGAAGUUUGUCCAAUCUAGUGUACCAGCGUUUGUGCCACUCAUCAUAUUGGUCUUGUCCUUGCAACCGGAAGCUCAAAGACAAGCUCAUGCAGAAGCUGCUGCAAAUGGAACAGGACCAUUUUGUGGUAUCAGUCCCAAUAUUCGUGAUAAAGUUGCUUAUGGCGAAUUCAAGGCAUUGCAAGUUAAGACAAUCUCUUUCAUUGCCUAUAUCUUGCGAAGCUUCAUCCAUAUCUUACGAGAGCAUCAACGAGCCAUUGCUGAAUCUGUCGUCGGCUUGCUCAAAGACUGUCCUCCUGAUGCUUCUGCUACUCGGAAGGAGUUACUCGUCGCAGCAAGGCACCUUUGGAGCACUGACUUCAGGGAACCUUACAUUCAGUACAUCGAUGUGUUGCUAAAUGAAGAGGUCUUGGUUGGAUCUGGAGUGACUUGUCGUGAGACUUUGAGGCCUCUGGCUCAUAACGUCUUGGUUGAUUUGAUUCACCAUAUUCGAGCUCAAUUAUCACCAACACAAUUGGCUCGUACCAUUGAAGUGUACUCUCGCAAUCUGCAAGACCCCACAUUUGGAACCAACAUUCAAACCAUGUGUGCGAGGCUCUUGUUGAAUUUGAUUGAAAGUAUUUGUGGCAUACCAGAUAAAGCACAAGGCCGAAUGUUGCUGAUUCGAAUUCUGGAUGCCUUCACAUCCAAGUUUUCGUCUUUAGCCGCAAGCUUGCCAAUGAUUUGCAAGUACAUUCAACGCAAAAAAUUGCAAGCUGGACGAAUUGUACCAGAAGACUUUGCUGGUAUUCCGGAUCUAGAUGGCUUUCUUGAUCUGGGCUAUGCUCAACCUAUUCGCACCUCUCUCAAGUCUUUGGAUGUUUCACAAGACAUUGUCAAAGGUAAACCACCGGUCUUAUCUGUUUGGCAUGUUGAUGAAACUGAAUUGAAUACUGUAUUAGAGGUGCGAUUACUCUUCAAGAGUUUGGUUUCUGGAGUCAAGAAUAUUCUGGGAUCGUUAAGACUAGUAAAUGUGCCACCUCCAGUUGGUAUAGAACCAGACCAAUGGAAUUCAUUCCCUCGAGGAUUUAGCGAAGAGGAAGUCGAAAUUCUCAUUCGCCUAACUCGCGACGGCUUGAAAUGCUUUGACAUAUACUUUAUCGAUAAUCUUGGUCCUGAUGGAGUCCCAGUAAGACCCAAUGAUAGAGCCGCAUCCGCCUCAACGCUAGGAUCCAAAGAAGAAAAGGAAGUGCUGGAAAUAUUCGCUUCCAUAUUCACAUAUGUAGAUCCAGCAGUAUUCCAGGAUAUAUUCACUACAGAAAUUGGAUACCUGUUUGACCAAAUAUUGACCAACAUGUCUAUCUUGGCAGUGCCUCAAUAUUUCUUGGCCAAUGCUUCGGUGUCGUCCAACUUUGCUGGUCUCUUGUUGAGAUUCUUGGUUGAUCGAUUACCUAAAUUGGGAGGUCCAGAUCUCAAUUGCUCGGCUGUAAUACUUCGUCUCUUCAAGUUACUGUUUAUGGCAGUGACUCUCUUUCCCGAUAAAAACGAGACAGUACUCAAACCUCAUUUGGGUAAUAUUAUAAUGAACUCUAUGAAGCUAUCAGCCAAAGCCAAAGAACCUCUCAACUACUUCUUGUUGUUGAGGGCUCUCUUCCGUAGUAUCGGUGGUGGCCGAUUCGAAUUAUUAUAUCAAGAAGUCUUGCCCUUGUUGCAGGUAUUACUUGAAGGAUUAAAUGGCUUGCUAUCUACAGCAUAUAAGACUCAGAUGAAGGAGCUAUUUGUCGAACUGUGCUUGACCGUGCCAGUUCGACUAUCUGUAUUACUUCCAUAUCUAUCCUUCUUGAUGAAACCAUUGGUAUUGGCUUUGCAAGCUGGUCCCGAACUGGUUAGUCAAGGUCUACGUACUCUUGAGCUCUGUAUAGAUAAUCUGACUCAAGAGUUCUUGGAACCCAUCAUGAGUCCAGUCAUUGAUGAUCUCAUGACGGCAUUAUGGAAACAUCUACGUCCACUGCCUUACAACCAAGUACAUAGUCACUCAACCAUGAGAAUCUUGGGCAAACUCGGUGGUCGUAAUCGUCGAUUGCUAAAAGACCCAGUCUUGAGCUAUAAAAUAAAUGCAGAGAAUGGUCUUGAUAUGAAUCUUCUCUUCCAUGGCAGUGAUAAAUCACAGGUUAUGCCGCUUGAUAUAUGCCUCAAUCUCGUAAACCGUAUUCUUGACACUCAGGCGGUACCGAUCUUUUACAAGGAGCAAGCCUUGGCCUUUGCUAAGGGUUGUCUGCCACUCCUGAUUGAACUAGAAGAAGGCAAUGUCGAUAUUGAUGCCGCUCUUCAACUUCAAAUUCAAAAGUAUUUAGCAGAUCGAGUCAGUCUAGUCAUGAAACCAGGACAUAAUGAACCUAGCCAAAAGUCUGCAGAUGGGACAUUUGGUAUGGAUGUUGACGAGCAACGCAGUCCAUUGGGAUUUUUCCAAAUUUUGGAUAAGCAUACUAGUAAUGUAUUGGCCAUCGUCGCAGCCUAUCUACAACCUGUUGGUCUACGAGACCUGUCAUAUUCUAGCAAAGCAAUUCGAAAGAUCUUGAUGGAUCACCCGACAUUGCGAAACCGACCAGAAAUGGGACGACGUCUCAAUCCAAUGGGUGCCACGUCUAAUGAUCCGAAUGCACCAUUCGGAGACUUGCCACCUCCUGUAGCACCCAAUAAAAAAGCUAUGCACGCUCUCGCUAUCAGACAAGUAUUCUCAGCACUCCUGUCUGCAUGUAUGGUUACUGAACUUGCAGAUCCAGCAUGGAAGAUUGUAGAAGAUUGUUGCCGUCACUUUGCCUUGUUGGCUGUAACGGAAACGAUUCAAGCACCCGUACCAGACCCUCCAAAACCAGGAAUAUCUAGUACGUCUAUAGCUGCUCUGAUGUUGCAACCACCAUUAAGAGUCGAUGCCUUCAUUGACGCUGUAGUAGAUAUCAUAUCAGCUGAAGACGCUGCUCGAAGGCAAUUCGGUGCCAAGGUCUUGACAUGUAUGUUCAAUAUGUGUGUGACAAUUAUGGGAUCCAAGGACGCUGUCGAAUCCUUAUCCAUCUUCCGCACCUUUGCAUCACGAUUUUGUUCGUGUUGCUACCAGAUUGAAUGGUUUAAAAAGAGUGGUGGAUGUCUUGGUAUUACCGUAUUGAGCUCGCAAUUGGACUUGAGUACGCAAUGGGUACUGGACCAUGAGCUUGACUUUGUACGAGCCUUGUUGUAUGUACUCAAAGAUACAUCUCCCGAAAUGGCACCCAAUAAUGUGGAGGAUGCUACUCACACCUUGUCGGAAGUGCUAAAAGUAUGUAAUAGGCCACCAUUGAGUCCUGAAGCUCAAACCAAACUGCAUAGUCUUACCGCAGUCUUAAUGGAACAGCUAUGUAAUGCCAACAGCGCUGUUCGUGAAGCCAUACAAUCAGCCUUCCAACUAUUGAAUGUCUUGACUGGUACGGCCAUCUCGGAAAUGCUACAAGGUGUAAAAGACCGAUUAUUAGUACCAAUCUUCUCGAAACCAUUACGAGCACUUCCAUUCUCCAUGCAAAUCGGUAAUAUUGAUGCCAUAACGUAUUGUCUUGGUCUUCGUCCACCAUUCUUGCCUUUUGGUGAUGAGUUAUUACGACUAUUGCAUGAAGCUCUGGCUCUAGCAGAUGCUGAAGAUCAGGCAUUAGUUGGUAAAGGACCGCAAAUGAGGAACGCUGCUUCCUUGACUAGUCUACGAGUCGUAUGUAUAAAGUUGCUCACGACUGCUAUGGCUUGUGAAGAAUUCAACAACCAGCCUCGUAAUUCCAAUACUAAAGGUCGUAUCAUCGCCAUGUUUUUCAAGUCCUUGUAUUCAAAGUCACCAGAGAUUGUAGAGGUUGCUAAUCGAGGUCUCUCGCAAGUCUUGACUGCUCAAAGUAAAUUGCCAAAGGAUUUGCUACAAGCAGGGUUACGACCUAUAUUAGUGAACUUGUCAGAUCAUAAACGUCUCACUGUAACAGGUCUCGAAGGUCUAGCCAGGCUAUUGGAAUUGUUGACCAACUACUUCAAGGUCGAAAUUGGUAAAAAGUUGUUAGACCAUCUCAAAUUAUGGGCUGACAAGAACUUGCUGGAAGACGCAGCUGGUAAACCAUUAUCCGAAAUCGAAGAGAUGAAGGUUAUAGUAGCAAUUCUCGAUGUCUUUUAUCUCUUGCCACAAGCAGCCAAUAUCUUUUUGGAUGAGUUGGUACAAACCAUUCUCGAACUCGAAACGGUAUUGAGACGCUCAUACUCCAGUCCAUUCCGCAAUCCACUUAUAAAAUUCCUAAACCGAUAUGCUGCUGAAUCGGUCGACUACUUUUAUGAACGUAUGCUACAGCCACCGUAUCUCAAACUCUUUGUAUCUUUGUUGAGGUCAGAGUAUGCUGUGCCACUACGAGCAGAGAUCAUGAAGGAUACGGAAAAAUUCAUGGCCAAGACUUUAUUGGUCGGUGCCGAAGAUGCUAAUAAGAACGAGUUAGCGUUCUUUGGUGUACUCAUCAUACGUGAGAUUAUAAGGUUCCAUCCGGAAUGGCUCCUCCAAGGCAAUGAUAUUGUUAAAGUCUUGAUGGAGAUGCAUCGAGAAUGUAUGGGUGGACCUGUUGUUGAUGAAGGAGUUGGAUUUGCUCAGUCCAAGGAAACCAUGUAUAUAACUGAGAUUUUGAUUGUAUACUGUAAAAAAGAAUCCAAGGAUGUCGAUACAGUCUUGGAGUUGGCUCGUGGAUUCCUCUAUGCGGGUUUCAUUGAUCACGGCUUCUUGAAGCAAUUCUAUUACAAUGAAGUCGUAAUGGGAUAUACUGGUCGUCAGAAGAGAGCUGUCUUGGACCGCUUCUUUGGUAUAUUAGGUGAUGCCACAAUUCCAAGAGAACUCAAAGCCACCAUACUCCGAAUGAUUAUCAUCCCUAUGCUCUUGGUCUCCUUACAAAAAGGUCAAGAAACUGUAGAUCAUCAAGUCAUCGAAACGCUCAAUAGGCUAGUUUGGCUUGAAAGCAAUGCAGGCCCCGAUGACAUGCUCAAAGUAGAAUUACUUCAACUGACUACCUUGUUGAUUCAAUUUGUGCCAACUUUAAUGGAGAGUGGACGCAAAGAAGUCAUCAAGUGGGCUUGGGGUCAAAUCAAGUCAGAAGAAGUGACUUGUAAAAACGCACCAUACGUCUUGAUUGCCCGCUUCUUGUCUAAAUUCGAAGCGCCUCUCAAGAUUGUCCGACUCACAUAUUAUUAUUUGCUACGAAGUCAUGCAUCUGAGGCUCGUAUCUUGACUCGACAAGCGUUGGAUAUAUUGAUCGAUGUGGUUGGUCAACGAAUGCAAGAUGACACGGAGAGUAAAGGAGGAUCUUCCAAAUCAUCUGUACCGACUUGGGUCCGAUAUAUUCGAAAAGCGAUUGUCGAUGAAUCGCAUAGUAUACCGCAUCUUAUAGUAGUAUAUCAGUUGCUCAUCCGCCACGCCGAACUCUUCCAUGAUGCCAAGGAUUUCUUUAUGGCUCAAAUCGCCCAAUCCUUGAAUCGUCUUGGAUUGUCUACGAAUGCUACUCCCGAGACUCGUGCACUAACUGUAGAAUUGUGUGAGUUGAUAUUGAAGUGGGAAGUACAUCGAAAUGAGCAAAAGCGUGUAUCGGUGAGCUCUACUCCAGCUGCCACGUCUGAACCUGUAUCGCAGCCACUUAAGCGAGCAGCACCCGAUAAUGAACUAGCAGGUGGGGCAUCUAAACGUCUCAAAGAAGAAUCUGGCGGACAUCCCGUCACGUCCAAUGGAGAUAGUAUAGAAGGAGCUGAACAUGCAGAGUCUGCACCGAUCAAUGACACUCUUCGUCAUCGAGAAACGUUGAUUAGUUACAUCAUUCGUUUCAUGUCGUCUUGUGCCGAUUUGCCACGGCCAAGAGGCGUUCCACAACGGGUACUUGAUGUCGCUCGUGGUUUACUACAGCUAUGGCCAGACUCUGCUAUCAAGUUGGGACACUUUGAAAAGGCUCUAGACGUUGCCGAGAGCAAUGUCAACGCUGUUUGUAAUGCUCUAGACUUGAUGAACGUGAUUUGUGAAUCUCGACCAACUGACUGGAUUGUAUCCAACUUGUCCCAACUUCACAAGUGUGUAGAAGUAUGGAUACGAUCUAAUAAUCCACGAGUAGUAAGAGGCCUACAUCCAGUCUUGGUUCGUAUCUUUACCGGCAUAGCUUCAGUAGAAAAUCAGGAAAAUCAAAACUCGACCGAUAUUCGAGCAUUUGUACAGCUGGUUGAUGCCGUAAUUGCAGACGGCUUGAAGGAGAUGACAAAUCUUCAUAGUAUAGUAUGCUUAUUGGUUGCAGGUUAUACUCACAAGACGGAAGCUUUGGAUCCCAUGUUGCCAGAUCUCAUUAAGCUCUUGUCGAAACUGGAAAAGGCUCAUACAGCUCCUCCACCUCCCCCACCACCUCCACCACCAGCUGGAGUACCUCAACCGCCAGCUGCACCACCACCAGAGCCUCCUGCAAAUCUUAUAAUUAUGCUGCUUCCAUUGCUAAAGACACGAGUUGGUGUGAUGACGGACCCACGUAAAGGAUUCUUGUAUGCACUUAUAGCCUUGAUUGAUAAAUCUUCAGAUCUGGAUGUCUUGCGAACCAUUCUUGGGAUGGUGCGAGAGUGGGUGAUGAAAAAGUCUACUGAAACCUUCCCAACAAUGAAGGAAAAUGCUGCCUUGCUAGUUAAAAUGAUGACUUUCGAGAUGCGAUCAGAUAAAAAGUUACUUGAAGAGUACUUGACUCUGGUUGCUGAUAUAUAUACAGAUAAGCACUUUGGCCGAUCAGAAUUGACUGCAAGGCUAGAACAGGCCUUCUUGACUGGCACUAAAGCCGAGAAUCCACUACUACGACAGCGAUUCUCCGAAAUCUUCAAUAAUAGUGUCAAGAAUACGUUGCCAGCUCGAAUGUUAUAUGUCCUUGGAGUCCAAAACUGGGAACACUUGUCUUCAUCGUUUUGGCUUCGUCAAGCUCUGGAUUUAUUGAUGGGAGCUGUUGUCACUGGGGAAGCAGUACACACUUCCGCUGCCGGAUAUCGAACUCCAUCGUUACCAUCACUCAUCAACACCACGAUGAUUGUAGAAGCAGAAGUACCCGAAUCCUUGACCGCCAUAUUAGCCAGUGAUCGUAUCUUUAUGAAGGACUUGCAAUCAGUCCAAGUUGGCUCGUUAUUAGCACCAUUAAGGCAUAUGAUUCAUAUGGAUCCUAAUGUCACGUAUGAUGUCUGGAUCAAUCUCUUCCCGCUUUGUUGGAAUGUCUUGAAUGCACAGGAACGUCACGACGUAGUCAAGGCUAUUGUACCUCUGCUUGCCAAGGACUACCAUGGGAAACAAAUGGAAUCUAGACCUAAUGUGGUACAAGCUUUGUUGGAAGGUGUUUGUAGAUGCACACCACCAAUGCGAUUACCGCCUCAACUCGUCAAGUAUAUAGGUAAAUCUUAUAACGCAUGGCAUAUUGCUAUUGAGCUCUUGCAAACCUCAGUCUUGGAGAUCCGUCUCAAUAAUCAGCCAACCAGUAAAGAAGACGACCGCCUCCGUGAGAGUAUAUAUGAUGCGCUUACAGAUAUGUUUACAAGUUUGUCUGAAGAUGACUUGUUUUUCGGUCUAUGGCGUCGUCGAUGCCUCUACUCGGAAACCAAUGCUGCCUUGUCCUAUGAGCAGAAUGGUAUGUGGGCACAAGCUCAAAAGCUAUAUGAGCAAGCACAAGCUCGGGCACGUCAAGGAUUGAUGCCCUUUACAGAAGCAGAAUAUAAUCUGUGGGAAGAACGAUGGGUAUCAUGUGCAGAACGUCUUCAGCAAUGGAAUGUAUUAGUAGACUUGGCCAAGCACGAGUCUCUCCCUGAUUUGAUGCUGGAAUCCGCCUGGAGAUUCUCGGAUUGGUCUGCAGAACGUCAACAACUCUCCGCGUAUCUUCCAGCAUUGCUUGAUCAACCAACACCACGUCGUAAAGUAUUUGAAGCGUUUUUAUCUUUAACACGUCUGUCUGAAGGAGUAGACCGUCAACAAGAGUUUAGUAAAGCAUGUGACGAAGGUGCUCAAUUAUCUUUACGUAAAUGGUAUGCCUUGCCAGAACAUGUAUCAAAUGCCCACAUUCCACUCUUGCAUACCUUCCAGCAAUUGGUUGAGUUGCAAGAAGCACUACAGAUCCACACCAAUUUGUCUGCCACCAUGGCUAACAAUAUAGAACAAAAGUCACAGGAAUUGAAGGGUAUCUUACAAACUUGGCGAGAACGAUUACCAAACUUGUGGGAUGAUAUAAGUAUCUGGAGUGAUCUCAAUGCAUGGCGUCAACAUGUAUUCUCAACUAUCAACGAUGCCUAUAAACCACUCAUUCCAUUAUUAUCACAAGCUGGACCAAACUCGCAGAGCUCAUAUGCCUUCCGUGGAUAUCACGAAACUGCUUGGAUCAUUAACAGGUUUGCUCAUGUAGCUCGAAAAUGUGCUCUAGUAGACGUAUGUAACAACGCAUUGAGUAAGAUCUACACGUUGCCGAAUAUUGAAAUCCAGGAAGCCUUUUAUAAGCUUCGCGAGCAGGCUAAAUGCCACUUGCAAAGCAUCACCGAGUACUCUACUGGACUGGAAGUCAUCAAUAACACCAACCUCAUGUAUUUCUCUACUCAGCAGAAGGCCGAAUUCUUUACAUUGAAGGGUGUAUUUUUGGGUAAACUCAAUCUACAUGAUGAAGCUGCAUCCGUGUUCGCUUCAGCUGUGCAGAUAGACUUGAGUCAUCCCAAAGCAUGGGCCGCUUGGGGCCAAUAUAGUGAUCGUAUGUUUAAGGAACAGCCCAAGGAAAUCAAAUAUGGCAGACACGCCAUCAAUUGUUAUUUGCAAGCAGCAGGCAUUUAUAAUAGCGCUCGCUCUCGUAAAUACUUGGCUCGUAUCUUGUGGUUGUUGAGUGUUGAUGAUGCUCAAGGCAGCAUUUAUCAAGCAUAUGAUACGUAUAAGGGUGACGUGCCACUUUGGUAUUGGAUUACGUUUGUGCCACAAUUGCUCUUGUCGUUGGCUAGUAGAGAACCUAGGCCGGCAAGAAUGAUAUUGAUAAAGUUGGCUCGAUCAUUCCCACAGGCACUGCACUUCCAUCUUCGCACGACAAAGGAAGAUUAUAUGCUGAUGAAGAAGCAAACCCAGCAACAGCAGGCCCAAAGACCUCCGGAAGCUGCACCAGCUGCACCGCAACUAGGUGAAGGUGGACAGCCAGAAGGCGAAGCUCAACCUGUCGAUCCAAACGCCAUGCAAAUAGCGCAACAACCAAAUCCACAAGCUGCUCCACAAGUUCAAGUCAAGAAGCAUCCAUGGGAAUAUAUUGAAGAAUUGAUGGCGUUACUCAAGACUGCGUUCCCACUAUUGGCCCUUACUAUGGAGACAUUGGUAGAACAAAUCUUGCAACGUCUCAAGCCAUCUGCCGAUGAGGAUAUUUAUCGCUUAAUUGUGGCAUUGCUUGGUGAUGGUGUUACGCAACUUGCUCGAGAUCCUGGUGAUAUUGGAGCAUUGUCACAGGCUACAGAAGUCAAUUUACGUCGCUUUGCAGACAGCAUGUAUCCAAACCAUGUGAAGUACAAGGGACCAUUCGAACGCGACUUUAUCCUUUGCAAACCGACAUUACCUCAAUUGGUGGAGAACUUCCGCAAUUGGCGUGACAAAUUGGAAGCUCUUCUUGACAGUCGACCAAAGAAACAGAAUCUCGAGCAUUUCAGCGUUCAUCUCGUCGAGUUUGAGUAUCAAAAGUAUGAUGACAUUGAAAUCCCUGGUCAAUACUUACUCAUGAAGGACAAUAACAAGGACUUUGUCCGUAUUGAACGCUUCCAACCUGUGAUUGAUAUUGUACGAGGACAUUUCAGCUGUCAUCGUCGAAUCACUAUCAAAGGAACAGACGGCACCUUGUAUCCUUUUGCAGUUCAACAUCCUGCUGCUCGAACCUGUCGACGAGAAGAACGUAUCAUGCAACUCUUCCGUAUCUUGAAUAGCGUUCUUGAACGUAAACAAGAUACUCGAAGACGUGGAUUGUCCUUUCAUUUGCCGUUAGUUGUGCCACUUGCUCCUCAAGUCCGUCUCUUCCAGGAUGAUACGAGUUACAUGUCUCUGCAAGAUAUCUAUGAAGAUCAUUGCUCUCGAUUGGGGCAACACAAGGAUGAACCAAUAAUGUAUUAUAUCAAUCGCAUGCGAGAAAUUCAUCAGAAUGAGGAUAUGAGCAAAGCAGGGAAGGUGGCAUUUGUGAACCUCAAGACUGAAAUCAUGGAAGACAUUGCAGCGAAGUUUGUCCCAGACACUAUUCUCACCAAAUUCAUGACUCGAUCAUUGGAUUCGUACUCGGAUCUCUUUGAAAUGAGAAAGCACUUCUGUGGUCAAAUGGCUGCCGUCACAUUUAUGACAUAUCUGUUAUCCAUCAAUCAACGAGUUCCACAAAAGUUCUUCAUCUCUGGUAAAACAGGAAACAUCUGGUCGUCUGAGCUGCUUCCCACAUUAUCGCCACCGCCUCAUGUCGUAUUCACAAACUCGGAAGCAGUCCCCUUCCGCUUCACACCCAAUCUCCAGCACUUUAUGACUCCCAUCGGCAUAGAAGGUGUCUUUACGAGUUCCUUGAUGGCAAUAGCCAAGUCAUUGACGGAACCCGAAUUUGAAAUGGAUGAUUAUUUGAGUCUGUUUGUACGAGAUGAAGUAGUACAAUUCCUACAAAUGGGUCGCAAACCACCAUUCACUGAACAGCAGUUGCGUGAUGUGGUCGCCACGAAUGUAGAGCUUGUUAUGAAGAGGGCCAAUUCGUUGUGCUGUAAAGCUGAACGUGAAAAGGGUGCUGCAACUACAGUUCCAGCUACUCAGACUGUAUUGGAUAUGUGCUCUACUGCAUCCAAUCCAAACAGACUUGCUCAGAUGGACUUGUCGUGGAUGUCCCAACUCUGA